AUGCUAAAAAUAAUAAUUCCAAUAAUUCUAUUACUACCAACAACCAUAUUAUGUAAAUCAAAACAACUUUGACCAACUACGUUAAUCCAUAGCUUCUGAAUCGCCCUCCUAAGCCUACAAUGAUUCAAACCUUCCACAGAGCUAACAAUUUUCUCCAACUCCUACCUGGGAGUAGACCAAAUCUCCGCCCCCUUCCUCAUCCUAUCAUGUUGGCUUACCCCAAUAAUAAUUAUAGCCGGCCAAAACAACCUAAUUACAGAACCCACCUCACGAAAACGAACCUUUAUCUUCAUUACCAUUUUACUACAAAUUUCACUAAUUCUAGCUUUUUCAACAACAGAACUGAUCAUAUUCUUCAUCGCAUUCGAAACUACAUUACUCCCCACACUAGUAAUUAUUACACGUUGAGGCGGCCAAAUAGAACGACUAAACGCCGGAACCUACUUCCUGUUUUACACUCUUAUCGGGUCUCUGCCACUACUAGUAGCCCUCUUAGCCACGCAAACCUACAGCGGCACCCUAUCUAUUUGCACACUACAACUAUCCACCUACCCUAACUCAAUAAACCCAUGAACCCACACAAUAUGAUGACUCGCACUAUUUACUGCUUUCAUAAUUAAAAUACCCUUAUAUGGAUUACACUUGUGACUUCCUAAAGCACACGUAGAGGCCCCAAUCGCAGGAUCAAUAAUCUUAGCAGCAGUACUACUUAAACUAGGGGGAUACGGAAUUAUCCGUAUAACAAUAACACUAGCCCCACCAUUAAAAAUACUCUCUUACCCAUUCAUAAUAUUAGCAUUAUGGGGAGUAAUCAUAACCGGCUUUAUCUGCCUACGCCAAACAGACCUAAAAUCAUUAAUUGCCUAUUCAUCCGUGGGCCAUAUAGGCUUAGUCAUCGCUGCCACACUAACACGAACUGAAUGGGCAUGCACUGGGGCUAUCACACUUAUAAUUGCCCACGGCUUAACGUCAUCAAUACUUUUCUGCCUAGCCAACACAAACUAUGAGCGAACUAACAGCCGAACACUACUUUUAGCCCGAAACAUACAACUUCUAUUACCCUUAAUGGGACUAUGAUGAUUCUCAGCCAGUCUAACCAACAUAGCCCUUCCCCCAACCAUCAACCUAAUAGGAGAACUAACCAUUAUUGCCUCAUUAUUCAAUUGAUCAAAUACCACCAUCCUAAUAACAGGACUAGGAACCCUACUAACCGCCGCCUACACCUUAUACAUACUAAUUACUACACAAUGGGGAGAAAGCCCUUCACAUACAAAAACAAUCCCCCCAACUCAUACACGAGAACAUCUGCUCAUAAUACUUCACAUAGUACCAAUAGCGCUGCUAAUAGUAAAACCAGAACUAAUCCAAGGCGCCUAA